UAAAAAGAAAUACACUUCCGCUCGAACAUUUCACUACUUCCUUUUUACUUCCGUGGUGGCACAUUUCAGUCAUGAAGAUCGUAACCUGGAAUAUAAACGGUAUCAGGACUUUCAGACGAGGCAUAAAACAUGCACUUGAUUCACUAGACGCAGACAUUAUCUGUGUUCAGGAGACCAAAGUGACAAGGGACCUGCUUGAUGAAAGAACGGCCAUUGUUGAGGGCUACAACUCCUAUUUCAGCUACAGCCGAGGACGCAGCGGCUAUUCAGGAGUUGCCACUUACUGUAAGGACAGUGCCACUCCUUUUGCUGCUGAGGAGGGUCUCACAGGUCUGCUGACCAACCAUGAAGGUGCGGUGGGAGGCUGCGGUGACCACACUGAGUUUUCAAGUGAGGAGUUGCAGCUUUUAGAUAAUGAAGGACGAGCCAUCAUCACAAAGCACAGCAUCAUGUGUCAAGAAAAAGAAGUCACAGUUACUGUGAUAAAUGUGUACUGUCCCCGUGCUGACCCUGAAAAGCCAGAGCGGAAACUGUUCAAACUGCAGUUCUACAAGUUGCUCCAGUUUCGGGCUGAAGCUUUACUGAACAAUGGCAGCCAUGUGAUUGUUUUAGGAGAUGUAAAUACAUCCCACCGACCAAUAGAUCACUGUGACCCCAGUGAUAUUGAUGAUUUUGAUAAAAACCCUGGGAGGAAAUGGCUGAAUGGCUUUUUGUACAGUGGCAGACCAGACGAAGACAGAAAAGAAGAAGAACCCAAUGAAGAGUGUGAGAUAACAGAUUCCACCCAUGGCGGAAAAUUUGUUGACACGUUUCGCUAUUUCCACCCAACUCGAACAAACGCCUUCACGUGUUGGUCCACUCUCACCGGCGCACGGCAGACCAACUAUGGCACUCGCAUUGAUUAUAUAUUUGCUGAUUGCCAGUUGACCAGGGAGCAGUUUGUGGCAGCAGACAUCAUGCCAGAGGUGGAGGGGUCAGAUCACUGCCCAGUAUGGGGACAACUGAGCUGCUCUGUCCUGCCUAGUGUCAAACCUCCUCCUCUUUGUACUCGCUACCUUCCAGAGUUUACUGGCAAGCAGCAGAAACUUUCCCGCUUCCUGGUCAAAGUGGACCAGAAAUCAGUUCAUGCUGAACAGAGGGAUACAUUACCUGGAUCUCAAGAGGAGGGGGAACUGAGGGAGAAUUUGCACCCAAUCAGAGGUGGAAACAUAUCUGGUAAGAAGCGGGUAUUAACAUCAGAUCCUGUUGUCCCAAAGGGGAAAAAGACAAAGACAGUAAAGACUACAUCAAAGCCCCAAGGCAGUCUCCUUUCUUUUUUCAAACCUAAAGUCACAAAUGGUGUUCCCCCUGCUGAAGAGCCUGUCUCACAGUGUGAAAAAAUGCCCAGCCUGGAUGAAAUUACCUCAACAAAACUGUCGGCAACAAGAGGCAACGUUUCCUCGGUCACAGACGGAGACGGAGUACUUGAACGUGCAGAGCCAUUCUGUGAUCGUCCUGCACAGACAGACAAAUGUGACAAACAGGUGAAGACAAAACAUCCAACCCCACUGCCCACGGUGGGAGACUCAAACACCAACCCAGGGGCGUCACUUGGGUUUUGGAAGUCACUUCUUCAUGGACCACCUCAACCACCCUCCUGUAAGGUCCACGGCGAAGCCUGUGUGCUUCGUACGGUGAAAAAGGAGGGGCCAAACAUGGGCAAGCAGUUCUUUGUUUGUGCCCGUCCUCAGGGCCACGCCUCCAACCCAGAUGCACGGUGUAAUUUCUUUGCAUGGGUCGACAAAGGGAAGUGACAUUGUCAUAUCAUGUAAAAGACUACUACAUACAGUAGACGUCUAAGCAUUUCACUGAUUUUAAGUGUUGAAUAAGUGUUUUUUUUCUUAGCUAUAUAAAUAAUAAACAAUAGUGUUCUUUAA